GAGAUAUGAGAGCGGCACGGGGGCUAUAAAUAUUGGCAAAUAUUAGAAUUUCUAAAAUCGUUUUGGGACAUUCUAACAGAGCGGUUGUAUAAUUAUAUUGUGCUGAGUAUCUUAUUAUACGGAAAGAUGCUGAAGCUAGCUGCAGUAUUGGCAUGGUGCAUCACCAUGAUCGCCACCGCAGACUCGGCCCCAAGUUCUAAUGGCUGGCCGUAUAACGCGCGAAAUUAUAACAUAUACUACGGAAGAAGUAGCUGGCCACAGCCUCUUACCCGCGAGGCCUGGUGGCCUUCCAAGAUAUAUGCUUCUAGGUCGCACGGCCAGAAUGGAGUCCCUUAUAGCUGGGGACUGCUACGUACCGGCGAAAGCAUGUGGCCUUCCAAGACAUAUGAAACUAGGUCGCACGGCCCGAAUGGUGUCUCUAAUAGCAGGCCGCAGACACCUACCCCCGUAAACUGGUCACCUACCCCUUUGCCUUUGAGUGAUUUUGUUUACAAUGAUGAUUGUCCAAUAGGUAAAAUAAAGAUAGGUGAAAAAUGUCAUGAACUUGAAAGCGGAUCGGAAGAAGUGGAUUAUGAUAACCAGUAGAUGACCUGUGGCUAAAGUGAUGAUGAUGAGCGU